AAAAUAUACUAAUGUUGGAUCCAGUCCAUUCUCAUAGUCUCAUCGCUCAACAUAACCUCCCAAAAAGAAACUUUUUUAAAAAUUCCCAUAACUUUACUAAUUUAUUGACUUAAAAAAUGGGCAAAGGCGGUGGCUGUGUUCCCAGCAAGAAAAAGCCACCGGCGGUCACCGGUAACACUCCGGUCACAAUUUCUUCCCCGACCAACAACGAAGUCCAACAAUUAUCUACCGAACUGGAAAGAGAGACCAUUGUCCCAAUCCCAAAUCUAAAAAUAUUAAUAGUUUUUUACUCAAUGUACGGACACGUGGAGACACUCGCACGCAGGAUGAAAAAAGGGGUUGAUGGGGUUGACGGCGUGACGGCGGUGUUGUUACGAGUGCCGGAAACAUUGUCGGAUGGGGUGUUGAGACAAAUGCAGGCGCCGUCAAAAGAUGAUGAGAUUAAGGAAAUGUCGUCUGUUGAUGAGCUGGAAUCAGCUGAUGGGUUUUUGUUUGGGUUUCCUACUAGAUAUGGGUCAAUGGCUGCCCAAAUGAAGGCGUUUUUCGAUUCGACUGGUGGGUUGUGGAGAGAACAGAAACUUGCUGGAAAACCUGCUGGUUUUUUUGUUAGUACUGGAACUCAGGGCGGCGGACAAGAAACGACGGCUUGGACAGCGAUCACACAGCUGGCACACCAUGGGAUGCUCUAUGUUCCAGUCGGGUACACAUUCGGGGCAGGUAUGUUCAAAAUGGAUUCAAUCCGCGGGGGCACGCCUUAUGGGGCUGGAGUAUUUGCUGGCGAUGGGACUCGUGAACCCACGGAAACAGAAUUGGCACUUGCUGAACAUCAAGGCAAGUAUAUGGCUGGUGUGGUUAAAAAGCUAGCUCGUGCUUAACCAGCUUUUGUUCUUUAGUUCUAUACAGACUGUGGUUUUGUAUUGAUCUGGGUGUUUUGUGAUUUCUGAUUUACCCAAUUUUCAUUUAUCUCUUGAUUGCUUAAAACAAUGUACAUUUGUGGUAUAUUCUUAUUUGUUGUUACAUACUAUACACAAUUA